UUUAGACACGUUUAUAGAGGGGAAUCACAAGGGCAAGGCUAAAGUAGGCUAUACUUAUUCGAUUUAUUUUGGUUUCUAGAGGGGAUAGCUAGUUCACCACAGCGCGCUCAGGAGGGGAGUGUGGUAGGACGCUAUCCAGAUUAGCACCACCGCCGCAGCGAUUGAGGAGGGGUGUUGGUCAUGGAAAUCGAUCCCGCACACACGUAACACGAUCGCCCCAAAUGACGCCUGUUCCCAAUGAAAUGACAGCUCUGAAUGACCUGAACUAGCUAGAUCCUUAGGGAAAUGGUCAGAAUCUAUCUAGAUCCUAAAGGAAACUCUUCACCAUGUUCCGCGAAUCCCCCAAAUACUACGAAGGCAAAGCCAUCAGGAUCGUAGUGAAAUGAAUGGACUCAGCUCGGUCCAGACGUUCAGAAUGGUCGCCCUGGGGGACUUGACUCCCGCCAGGGUCGAGCACCAAUCUGAGCAGGUUGAGGAGUGGACUCCCAUGCUGUUUUGCCACUUGACUCUGACCAGGUUUGGUCCAUAUGAAUGCGAUGAAUUUGGAUGAAUUGAACCUACAGGAUGUAACGCAGCGAGAGACUUGCGUCACUUGCUUGCUUGCUUGCAAUUGAGAGAACUCAUUGAACUGCUGUUGAUAACGAGCUCAGUGGAGCAAACGUGUGGAAGUGUGUGCGAGUGUUCUCAAGUCCACUAACAGUAAAUGAAUUGCAAUUAUAAGUCUACAAAAUAUUGAUCUUUGCCUUGCAUGCUUCUAGCGAUGCUGAUCCAAAAGCGAUAGCUGUGUUGCUAGUGAAAAUUACUUUUGGAAGUGUGUUCUUCAUUUCGUCGUCCUGUAUCUUCAUGAGAGAAAUAACCGAGAGAAAUUGGUAGCUGUAGCUACCUGCGUUGCUGCCGCGCCCAUCUUUUCUCCCGCUCGAGCAAGUUACACAUGGCUGGAGCCGCAGAUCAUGAUCGGGCUGUGCACCGUAGGCAAACGGUGUGCAGGUUUAGGCCGGUGCUUAAGGCGAUAGUGAAGACGUUCACAACUACCAGCAGACCACCAGAAAAUGUACAAACGAACACUCGCUUGCUCUCUUCUUCUACGCCCUCUUUAGGUUCCCCAUGCUCCUCCUUCCUCUCUUGAAAAAUGGAAAUAUCAGCGAUCUAGGUGUGCUUUCUUUAGCUUUAUUUUAUAUUUAUAUUUAGGUUGUUUUUUUACAGCCCCCCCGGACGCCAUCACACUGAAGGAAAGCAUGCGAGACAAAAGAAGCGUGCAAAUCGGCCGGCAGAAGCAAAGGCGGCAAACCACAGAGAAAAUGAGCAAAAGAAGCGAGGAGCAGCGCGCACGAAUAGAGCAACAAAGGUAGGAAAGCGAGCAAGCGCGGGCGGCGUUCCUUCAGAAGAUCAGCGGCAAGCGCUGGGGCAGAGUGCCAGGCGCCACGGGAAACAACUGGCAACUAGAAAGCGACCCAGAAGUUCAAUUUACGGUGACGAGCGAAGAUUUUUGUGAGAACACCGGAAGAGAAGUCAAGGACGUUGCAGGCCAAUCCUUCUACCGCAGCCCCGAGGGGACAUGGGUUGCGGAGUGACAUCGGAUGUCACAAAAAGUGCGCUCGAGUGUACGUCCACUCAAGAGGAACGAUGAGAACAGACAUAAUUCCAAUGUCACGGACAAACACAAAGAUGAUGAUGAUGAUGUUUUAGGUUAGUUUACUUUGCUAUGCUUAUUGUUGUAUUUCUCUCAAGACUGCUGGCAUGGUCGAAAGAAUGCAGCCAUGUACACAAGAGUCGGGAGCGGUAGAUUUUUUUAGUUAUCCAUAUGAUUGAGUUGCUGAGAGAAAGGGCCAGCGUGAGAGAUUGAAAGUAGAUUCGAGUAAGGAACUCCUACACUUAGGCAGGAAUUGAAGUUCGUGCGAAGGAG